CUUCCGCUCGGUGUGUGUGUGUCCUGCGAUGCCGUGGGAGAGGACCAUCAGCAGGUCAUCAGUAUUCCAGCAGGCUCUGCCUACUCGGGUACCACCAGGCAGCCGAAGGAGGGGGAGGUGCCCGGGGUGGACUACAAUUUUGUGAGCGUGGAACGUUUUAUGGAACUGGAGCAAAGUGGAGCCCUGCUAGAGAGUGGAACCUAUGAAGACAACUUCUACGGCACGCCGAAACCUCCCGCCGAGCCGUCCCCGGCAGCCCCUCCUCUGAAUGUGAGUGAGGCCCUGCUUCCCGGAGCCCGGCCAAGCGCCCAGGGCAAGAGAAAGAGGAACCAGUCGGUCAGCAACAUGGAGCAGCGCGCCAGCCUGGAGCCGCCUGAAGAGGAGGAGGAGGAGAGCCCAGUUGUCAAUGGCAACGGGGUGGCUAUCACACCAGAGUCCAGUGAACAUGAGGACAAGAGCACAGAUGCCUCUGGGGAGGUUGCUGUUGAAGGGUCCAUCCAGGCCCCAGCAUCGGCUGAGCCCCCACCUGAAGGGGAGGAGGCACCAAAAUCUCCAUCCAAAUCCCCCACAAAAGUCCCUGAUGUGGACGAAGAAGAGCUGGGUCCUCUGCCUGACAACUGGGAAAUGGCCUACACUGAGAAGGGAGAAGUUUACUUCAUAGAUCACAACACCAAAACUACAUCGUGGCUCGAUCCUCGACUAGCAAAGAAAGCAAAGCCACCCGAGGAAUGCAGGGAAGAUGAGCUGCCCUAUGGCUGGGAGAAGAUAGAUGACCCCAUUUACGGAAGCUACUACGUGGAUCACAUUAAUCGAAGGACUCAGUUCGAGAAUCCAGUCCUGGAAGCUAAGAGACGCCUCGAGCAACAAAGACAGAUGCAGAGCCAAGGACUCUCCGCACUGCCGUUACCCACGAUAUACAGAGAGAAGCCGUUGUUUACCAGGGAUCCAACGCAGCUGAAGGGCACCUUCUUGUCGACGGCGCUGCAGAAGAGCAACAUGGGAUUCGGCUUCACAAUCAUAGGGGGCGACGAGCCCGAUGAGUUCCUGCAAGUGAAGAGUGUCAUACCAGAUGGACCUGCUGCUCAGGAUGGCAAAAUGGACACAGGUGAUGUAAUCGUCUACAUCAAUGACAUUUGCGUGCUGGGCACCACGCACGCCGACGUUGUCAAGCUUUUCCAGUCGGUGCCGAUCGGUCAGAGCGUGACCCUCGUGCUGUGCCGAGGCUAUCCUUUACCCUUUGAUCCCGAAGACCCAAGUGGCGCCGCGAGUGCCUCCCUGACACCCAUCGGCCUGGAGCACCGUCCACUGGUGGUGAACGGACGGGGCACCUACGACCCAUACCUGGAGUACCUGUCCCUGAGCUCUCAGCUUCCGGCUCAGGCCCUGGCCCAGGCCGGAGUCUCGCAUCCCGGGGACACGCACCUGGACGGCUCCUCGCUGCCACCCACCACGCCGGGCUCGGCCUCGGCGCUCACGCCUCACAACGACAACGUGUCAAUAGCCUCCUCCGGGACCGCCGGGGUCGCCGGGGCAACAGCACAAGGGGCGGAGCUGCUCACGGUCACCAUGGUGAAAGGGGCAGAAGGAUUUGGGUUCACGAUCGCUGACAGUCCCACCGGUCAGCGAGUCAAGCAGGUGCUAGAGCCAGGCUCACAGGGAGCAUCGGGGCUGAUAGAGGGGGACCUGAUCCUGGAGGUCAACCAGCAGCCUGUGGCUGCGGCUGGACAUGGCCGGGUGGUGGAGAUGCUCAAAGAGUGUCCAGUAGGAGCAGAGGCAACACUCCUCAUACAGAGAGGAGGAACGGGUCACAUUUCUCCUUGGAAGACCUCUAAACCGUUACCUGACCAGUGGGACCCUCACGGCAGCCCCCAGACGAACUUAUCUGGCCCGGUCUUAUUAUCCGGCACCCCCUUCCCAAACCAGCCGCAGCACCGCACAUCGGUGCCCGACUCCACAGAAGGCUUCGACCUCAACAAACCUGACCCUUACGAUCUUUACGAGAAGUCAAGGGCUAUCUAUGAGAGCAGACGUCCGGAGUACGAGGAGGUGGAGGUGCACCUGCUGAGGGAGAAGACGGGCUUCGGCUUUCGCAUCCUUGGGGGAGACGAGGCCGUGCAGGCUAUUGUUAUUGGCGCUAUAAUAGAGAACACUCCUGCUGAGCGUGAUGGGCGGCUUCGACCCGGGGAUGAGCUCAUUUCCGUGGAUAAAAAUGUGGUUGCUGGGAAACCGCACAAAUACGUGAUAGACUUGAUGCACGCAGCUGCUCGAAAUGGUCAAGUCAGCUUGACGGUGAGGAGGAGAGUGCAGAUGCCUGGUGAACCCUACCCGGUGAACGGCCGCAGCCCCGGCUCGGUGUCCACACAGCACAGCUCUCCGCGAAGCGAUGCGGCCUCGGCUUCAGGACCUGCAGCAGCCGCGGUUCCCGUUGCCACGUCACCCCCCGAAGGAGCCGCCCUGCAAAGCAGCGACGUGGUCAUUCACCGCAAGGAAAACGAGGGCUUCGGCUUCGUCAUCAUCAGCUCCCUAAACAGGCCGGAGAAUGCCACCGUCAUUACUGUGCCCCAUAAAAUUGGACGCAUUAUUGAGGGCAGCCCUGCAGACAGAUGUGGGAAGCUGAAGGUGGGGGACCGCAUCCUGGCCGUGAAUGGACAGUCAAUCAUCAGCAUGCCGCAUGCAGACAUUGUCAAGCUCAUCAAAGACGCUGGACUAACUGUCACACUGCACAUCAUACCAGAAGAGGGUUCCCAUUCUGGUCCCAGCUCAGAGAAACAGAGCCCCAUGACCCAUAAACACAGCCCGCAGACCCAGCCCAGUCCUGUAGCCCAGCCAAGCCAAGGAAGCACGCAGUCAGGCCAAAUGGCCCCUCAGUCGGGCCAAAUGGCCACUCAGCCUGGUCAAGCACCGGCUCAGCCUGGCCAGACACCAGCUCAGACAAACCAAACAGUGACCGGCCCUCCUGCCCCGGCGGCCUCCCAGCCUGCAGCGGCCGGAGCUCAGCAGAGCCCGGUCAGCCAGCCCUCCGGACUCCCUCCACAGCUCUACCUCCAUGACGGCAGGUCAGAGGUAAAAGCGAGGCAGGAUGUAAAACCUGACUUCCGCCAUCCGCCGUUCACCGACUAUCGGCAACCUCCCGUCGACUAUCGCCACCCUCCAGUAACUGAUUAUCGUCAGCCGCCAACACUGGACUACCGACACCCACCUGGCCUGCUGGACUUCAGACAGCACCCUGCAGCAGCACAGUUCCCUUUGGGGAUUCCUCCUGACUUUAGACCACAGGACUACGAUUACUUCACGGUGGAGCUGGAGAAAAGCUCAAAGGGCUUCGGCUUUAGUAUCCGCGGGGGAAGAGAGUACAGCAUGGACCUAUUUGUUUUGCGCCUUGCAGAGGAUGGUCCCGCUAUAAGAAAUGGAAGGAUGAGGGUGGGGGAUCAGAUCAUAGAGAUUAACGGCGACAGCACACGGGACAUGACUCAUGCUCGGGCCAUUGAGCUCAUCAAGGCAGGCGGCAGAAGGGUCAGGCUGCUGCUGAAGAGAGGCACAGGACAGGUGCCAGAAUAUGACUGUGCCAGCCCCUGGGAUUCCCUUUCUACAGCCCACUCUGCCCUGCAGGAAGUGACCGUGGAGUCUCACCUGAAUCCAUCGCUGUCAUCCCAUCCGGCUUCAGCCCCAGACCCGCCCCAUCAGCUCCCCCCAGAGGCCACAGUGUGCAUGGCAGACAAAGCUCCACUCCUGACAGACCACUGCCCCGUCAGGGGGCCGACCGGUGGCAGGUCCACCGAGAAGAAAAGCAUCAUCAGGGGGCAGGGGACCCUGCAGGGGGCUGUGCAGUCGGACUGUGGACCCGGCGACAGGCAACCUCGCGCUCUGCCUCCCAAAGCUGUGGUGGGAAGGUCCAUUGAACGAAGGGAGACUUGCUCCCCCUGCUGUGAGAGAAAGAGCUUGCAAACACAGGCAGCGAGUCCUGUUUGGCCCUGGGACCCGUGUGCGAGCGUGAAUCUGAACGGAGCCCCUCUGGGUGGCGGGGAUGGGCACGUCAGCCUCCAGGAGAGAUUGGUGUCCAGAGGCCUGUUUUCCAGAGAGGAGGAGAGGGCCAGAGGCCACAGUGGGCGAUGCUGUCCGUCUAAAACUGGCGAGGAUCCUCUGGCGAGGAGCGCAGCCGCCUCACCGGGGCCCUGGAACGUCCCCGGCUCUGACAAACUGCCUGGCACCCUGAGGUCCUGGACCUCCACAGUCAGCAGG